CAGAUAACAGAUGUGCAGAGUUCAGCAGCUGCCUCGGGGGGUUACAAGCAUUAACACAGAGCCGUGAAGAGCACAAGAAGUGAACAAACUUUAGAGCUGAAGUCAAGGCGGGGCGAUAUCGGUCGACAGCAAGUCAGUUCUCUCUUUGCGCCGUCUCAAACAUUCUCGCCAACAUGCCUCAAGGAUGACACUAAACUGGUUUAGCUGGGUUACGGAGAAAAAGCAAUGUUACAGAAAACCUUCGAGAAGUCCCACCUGGACUAGAAGCACGGCGCAGUUGUGAAGGAAAACAUGGUGAAGAAGGCAAAAUGACGGGUUUAAAGUUUAACCGAGGAGAAGCUUGAAUAUAUGAGAAAUAUCAGUUAGAUUACAGUAUGGCACAUCGCUCUCAGUGUUCCUCUGCUGGGGAUAACCCCCUGGACCCCAACUACCUCCCCCCUCACUACCGGGAAGAGUACCGCUUGGCUAUUGACUCACUGAUUGAGGAGGACUUGGAGGGAUACUAUCAAUUCCUCCAGAAAGCAGAUGUGGUGGACUUCCUGUCGUCAACUGAGAUUCAGUAUAUUCAGAGCUCUGUUCAGCUCCCUCAGCAGAGCAACUACCCUGAACAACAUUUUGUGGACACUGGAGGAGAUGGCUCCUCAGACACUUACUGGCCCAUUCACUCUGACCUGGAGGCCCCAGGCUUGGACCUUGGCUGGCCUCAGCUGCACCACUUCAUUGGGCCCACAGAAGUAACCACUCUGGUCAACCCCCCAGAGCCAAACAUGCCGAGUAUCAAGGAACAGGCCCGGCGACUUAUCAAGAAUGCUCAGCAGGUGAUUGCUAUAGUGAUGGACAUGUUUACUGAUGUCGACAUGUUUGCGGAUAUCCUCGAUGCUGCCAUGAGGAAUGUUGCCGUCUACAUUCUUCUAGACAAGCAGAAUGCACAUCACUUCUUCAGCAUGGUGUCCAACUGCAGAGUCAAUCUACAGAACAUUCAAUUUUUACGUGUGAGAACAGUGUCGGGCAUCACGUAUCACUGCCGCUCAGGGAAUUCCUUCAAAGGUCAGAUGAUGGAUCGCUUCUUGUUGACGGACUGCAGGGCAGUGCUGAGUGGGAACUACAGCUUCAUGUGGUCUUUUGAGAAGCUCCACCGCUGUAUGGCACACCUUUUCCUUGGACAACUUGUAUCAACCUUUGAUGAAGAGUUCCGGAUUCUGUUUGCUCAGUCUGAACCGGCGGUUAUUGAACAUGUCAUUCCAAUGGAAGAGCUUAGCCUUUUACAAAACAGGCAAUAUCCAAGUGAAAGAACAUUGUAUAGAGAGCAAAAGCAACUUCAGUCACUGGACACGGUUCAUCCAGAGGAAUGGCCAAGACAUUCAUAUGAUGAACGCAUGGAUGUGGAUUGGAGAAUGAUGCCCCUUAAAAAGCAGGAAUCCAUGCACGGCCCUGCAGAUAUAUACAGUAGAUUUACACCCCAGCAAUCUCGCAUGGACCCGUCUUUUAAUCAGAGACCCAUCAGAAUGCCCAUGUUGGAAAAUCCUGCCUUCAAACGUCACAGUUAUGCUGAAGGCACACAUGGUAGAAACUCUUACCUAUUCCUGCAGCAACAGGGAAUGCCAGAGCCUGAGAACCAGGGAAGGCCGCUCUACAGGGUGCAGCAGCCGGGACCGGGACCAGAAAAAGAAGCAGAUUACAGUGGCUAUGACAAGUUCUGGAACCAAGACUUUCAUUCACCAGAUCAGCAUUUUAUUCAACCUGGUUUACCACAAGAGAUGGAACCAGCUGAUAACUUUGACCCAGUGCUUAACUAUUUAGCAUCUACCAGAAAUGCAGACUUUGACCAGGGCUCAGAGAAAUUACUACCUGCAGCAGAUGUACCGUUUGGUUCAUCCCACCCUAGAAGAUUGAGUUUAGGCCAGCCGCAUGCCUAUCAAACAUCUCCCACUCCCUCAAAUCCAGAUCAGAAGCAGUUUUUACAGGAGCCUAACGCUGACCGCAAGGAUCCUAUGGUGAAACGGGGGCUAAGAAACUGGAGGAUUAGCUCAUACCUCAGUGCAUAUGAUAAUCCAGGAGAUGAAGGGCUGCCAUCGGCACCAAUUUAUGCACCGGAUACUUUUGAGGAGCCUCCUUACCCCAUACAGCAAACACCAGGCAUAGAUUUAUCAGUCUCUAAAAUCCCUAAUGUCAGAGAGUUUAAGGUUCCUGCAAUACCAAGGGCAAGUCAGAUGCCAAGUUAUGCCAAAACUACUGCACGAGAACAGCCAAAGAAAUUGCCUGAUGAACCUACGGCAGUAGAAGCAGAAACCAAAAUAACACCGACACCUUCAGAAUCAUCAUCCACAACUGAAGUGGAAAAGAUAGAGGAGUCCGAGCAAAAGGAACCAAAAACUGCUUUUCUACGAAGGGAGGAGUCGUUCCGUAGGAAAUACAACGCAGCAGUACCGAGGAGCUCGAGGUUAAGAUCCUCUCUGAUAUUCAGCUCUCUGGAGCAGCAGCAUACUAAUCCAGAUACCAAAACUGCUUCAGGCCAACAGGAUGAGGAAAUUGAUAAAAAUGAGGCAGAACAGACAAAACUACCUUUUGUUUUUGGACAAAGGAGGUCUGCAAGAGAACCUUUUGAAUGGAGUCGCUACAUGAAGUCAGCCACCAUCGAUAACGCUGCCACAGACCCAUCCCAACCAGAUGAUGGAAACAGUAAACCGGAUGAUAAAGAAUCGCCAAAAGACAAAAAUUCCAAAGAUCUUUCAGAGGUACAAGAUUCAUUAAAACCACCAGAUGAAGAGCGAGCAAAUUCUUCGCCAUCAUUGCCCCAAUCCAAAGCUUCUGAAGCUGAGCUGUCCAAAACUGAUCAACCAGUACAACCACACAAAUCUUUGCUCGCCACUCCAGGGUGUGUAGAUAUGAAUGAUCCUGAUAAGAGGCUCAUGUUUUUCAAAGAGUUGGCAGCAAAACGCAAAGCUGAACAGGCUGCAGAAGCUGAAAAGGCCAAAGAGAAGGCUCAGCUAAAACCACCAACUGAACUGAAAAACAACACGACUGUUAAAAAGGAGGAACCUGUACCAAAAGAAAGCUCAGAAAAGAGGGCUGAUGUUUCAACAUAUGAGGGUUUAUUAGCAGAAAAUGCUAAUGCAGAGGAUGCAGGGAAAACAGUAUUCACAGAAGCAUGCGAGUCAGUCAGUGUAUCUUUAGAAGCCAGCAAUAAGACUAACAAGCAGGACAGUCAGGUCAAGACUGAUCCCAAUACCUCCAAAAGCUGUAAACAAGAACAAACUAUUGUUUCACCUAAUUCAGAGAAGAUAGAGCUGAAGAGCAGCCAAUCAGCUGCAACUCUGCCUGUUUCUGCAGAAACAGAAGCACUUCGGAGCGAACCAUCAGUAGAGCCAAAGCUCUCAAAUCCUGCUGUAAAAACGAGUAGCCCCAGUCAUCCACCUACACCAACAAAUUCUACUCCUAGUGUUCCUCCUCUUGCACAAGGUACUGAUCAAAGUGACAGUCUCGAUUCUACCUCAAAGGAGUCUAGUUCACUCACUCCCAGUUCAGUGGAGGUACCACCAUCUUCUGCAUUUGCUGCAUUGGAUUCGAACACUGAAAAUCCUGAAUCAGUUCAGAAACCAGAAACCAGCCUCUCCUCUCCUCCGGUGCUACUACCAGAACAACACACUGGAUCAGAAGUCAGCUCCUCUAACCCAUCGGGCCAAAGCUCUUCCUCUGAUCACAUUCUGCCACAUUCUGGUUCACAGAUGAGCCCAACUGCUUCUCCCUCUAGCUGUGCUUCUCUUUCCACUCCAGCAGAAACCAUAUCCUCCAAUGGGACCCCAGGAGACUCAAGCUCAACUCUAACAUCCAGCAUAUUGCCCCCAAAAGUACAGGAAUCUGUCUGCCCCUCACCGCCAGAACCCUCCAAAUUGACGUCACCCGAGACCCUUUCAGCAGCUGACUCUGCACAUGUGGAAUCUGAUGUUUCUCCUGACACAUGUGCUGCUGGCUCAGAGCCUAACACAUCCUCAUUGCAGUCCAGUACAAAGACAGAUUCUAAAGAAUCGUGUGCUCCUACACCUCCAGAAAAAGAUGUUCCUGAAUCAGAAAACAACUCUGUUCCAAGGGGCGUUGGAGAGGAAUCUGAGGUUCUUGGAUCAUCAAAGGAUGUCAACGUUGAUAGCACACCUCCUAGCCUUAGCACUUCAUUGCCUGAAUCACGUUUACCUAAUGUAUCUGAUCUAGAAAGUAAAUCCACAUCUGCUCAAAAUGAGACAAUUACUCCUACCCCCUCCCCAGCAGACAAUCCACCCAAGCAUUGUCUAGCAGAAACAAGCUCUCCUGUCCACCUAGACUUUACUCCUAAUCCUUCCCAGUCAGAAAGACAAGCGACCCCUCCCUCCAAACUUAACCUGACAGGAUCCCCUCCCCCCUCUCCUGCUGACACAGUAUCACGUUCUUCUCCUCUAACAGUGUCAGUUUUGUCCCCUGAGGCUGAAAAAACACUGGCUGCAUUGCACAGCCCCUCAGAUACUAACAGUCUUCUCAAACAGAUUGCAACAGACUCAACCGAAACUCCAAAGGUCCCAGCAACAGAAACGUUUAGCCCAACAGAGCCUGAUCUGCCAUGCAAAACACCUGAAUCUGUGACUUCUGAAACCCAUUCUUUAGAGUCACCUGUAACUGCUGAAAAUAGUAAUAUGGACAGUCAGAAUGAAGUAAGCAAAGAGCCUAAAAUACCUGACGCUGGUGAGAAAAAAUCUGAUGAUACUGAGGUCUCAAAUAAGGAAAAUAUAGUAGACUCUACUACACAGGAGUCGGUCUGCAAUGAGAAAACAAAUGACCAAGUAAGGCAAAAUAACAGCUGUGAACCACCAGAGAUUACAUCAGAUGAAGUCGUUCCUCUGUCACUACAGUCCAAGCAGCCAAAAUCAAGCCAGUCUCGCUACCAAUCAUCCACAGCCAACGUGCUCUCAAGCAGCAACCUCAGAGAUGACACAAAGCUUCUUUUGGAGCAGAUUUCUGCUAAUAACCAAAGCAGGAACGAGGCUGCCAAAGAGUCUCCCGUCACUGAUGAUGAGAAAGAAGGCAAAGCUGACAAAAAUGCCAAAAGGGAGCAAGAAAAAGGUAUCAGUUUACUUAACAGAGGUCAGCCUAAGACAAGCCAGGAGCGUGAGAAGCUGCUGGAGAGGAUUCAGAGCAUGAGAAAGGACAGGAAAGUUUACAGCCGAUUUGAGAUGGCACCUUAAAUGGGAUCCAAAGAAAGUUGAGUGAAUACAACAAGCAGCGCAAUAAAUUCGUGUAGAAAGAAGCAAAGUCAGUUAAAAACUGAAAUGAUGACCAAGACAUUUUCUCACCAAAGACAUUUAAUAGAAAUGGGAUUUCUCUGUUUGUUCUCUGCAAAUAAGGCAUAUUAUGCGGAGAAUAAGGGACCUGUAUCAUGGCACUGAACUUUAGAGGGUAAAACUAUCAGUAAUACAAAUGAAUAUUCCCAAUUACAUGUGCCAUGAUCAACAAAGGGUUUCUUCCUAUGGAACAUGGACUGAGACGAUGUUUGUGAUCAAAUAUGUUUUUACUGACUGUAUGGGUAAAGUGCAAUGUUUGCAACAGGUUGUCUCUGUUCUUGCCUUUUGUACAGCACUGACAGCCAUUACAUUAAUGUUAGCUGGUUUUAACACAAAAUGUGACGUAAAAGCAUAAAAGACAAUCUAAAUUAGUUUGUAAAACUGUAAUAUGCUGUAGUUUAUAUUGUAGUAUUUCACAAUCACGUUAAACAAAGAUUGUUGAUAAAUACAUGUGUUUGUGAAACAAGUGAAUAUGUAAAUUCAUAUCCAUGCAGAACUGUUUUUGUUCUGGUGUAAAUAAAUUGUAGGUUUAAUUCUUUGUAAUCUGAAUCAAACAUAGAAUUGGAAAUGUAUAAACAAACCUGAGAUUGAAACAGAAUUUUAUCUUAAACAUGACAUACCUGCAAUAUGAAUUAUAUAGUAAAUCAUUGCACACCGUACACUGUGUAAUGUUUUUUUUCUUUUUUUUUCUAUCAAACAUCUAUCUAUCUAGUAGCAGUCAUUGAGGUUAAAUGUUUUCCAAGCGGCACCUAUGAUGAUUUGUAAAACAAACUAAUAUUAGGAAAAAUAUGUAGCUUUUUCAGUGUUUGAAUGUUAUUUUUGGCCAUGUAAAGCUAAAGUUACCUGCAUGACUAGAUUCCACUAGAGGUAAGUGACUUUAUAUGGGGUUAUUGUUUGUAAUUUGCUAGAACGAGCCUUUUGAUUGUCUCUGAAAAAGUGUUUUUUUUUUAAAAUGAAAACUUGCCAUACUUGUACACCGAAACAAGGAAUUCCGAACGACAAAGACUUUAUACAAUAGUAUGUAGAACUGUGCUCUGUAAGUAAAAGUAACUUUUUCAGAAUGGAUUUAUGAAACCUGACUUCAGCAACACUUACAAUUUGUAAAUAAAAAUUUACUAAAAAU